GCAAAGCCAGUUCUCUCCGAGUCUCGUCGCGGUCAGGCGACCACUUCUACUCUCAUACGGCCUCUGGGUUUUACUAGUCGCGCUCUCGAAUUCGAUCUUCCGCCAGUCAGUUUCUUGACGAGAUAAGUAGGUGAAACAAACUGAAUCUCGCGAUCGUGAUCGAGUCUUUACACAGUGUCUUUACGUCAUUCGGAAGGGUCUUUUAGAAUUAGUUCUUUUUAAUACGGUUUUGUGAGUGAAACUUUAAGUUUCCCAAAAAGUGCUUUUGUCAAAAUCUUUUCAAAUAUUUAAAUUGAAUUUCUGAUAUUAAUGGAAACAAAUAGACUAAAUAACAUAAUAGCUGCUGAAAAACAUUUCUGAAGAAUAUCUAUGAAUACUUAUCAAGAAGAAUAUCAAGAAGUUCGAGAAGUCAAACGAGUGGAAAACGAACAAAGAGAAUGAAUUAACAAAAAAGAAAAAAAUUAUUAAAGGUGCUCGCUGAAGAGUUGAUCUCGCAUUGAUCUUAUUUCUAAGAGACCUUGUGUGCAGAAAAGUCGAAGGCAUCAUAAUUAUUGUCAUUAUAAAAUCCUCCAGAGAUGGAGAGUGCGACCGUACCGAGCACGGUGAUGGAGUUAAAAACACGAAGAACGCAAUUCCGGCCACAACAAUCAACCUUGGAUACAAGAAGAAAGCAAGCGGUUUGUGUCAGACGUGCCUUCAAGAAAUAUGGGUCGAAGAACAACCCUAACAUCAUUCUAGAUGGUCUCAACAUGACCGUGCCGAAGGGUACGAUUUAUGGAUUACUUGGUGCAAGUGGUUGCGGGAAAACCACUUUAUUGUCAUGCAUCGUCGGCCGGAGACGCUUGAAUUCCGGUGAAAUUUGGGUGCUAGGAGGCCGACCAGGCUCUAAAGGAUCCGGUGUACCCGGUCCUCGAGUCGGUUACAUGCCACAGGAAAUCGCACUUUAUGGCGAAUUCUCCAUUCGAGAAACUUUUAUUUAUUUUGGCUGGUGCGCUGGCAUGACGACAGAUCAAGUGGACGAUAAGCUGGAAUUUCUUAUAAAGCUUUUACAAUUGCCUUCGGCGAAUCGUGUUGUCAAAAAUCUAUCUGGUGGUCAGCAAAGAAGGGUAUCCUUCGCUACUGCCCUUUUAGCCGAUCCAGAGCUCUUGAUUUUGGAUGAACCAACGGUUGGAGUGGACCCUAUUCUCCGACAGAGUAUUUGGGACCACUUGGUGCAUAUAACCAAAGAUGGUAACAAGACCAUUAUUAUCACCACGCAUUACAUCGAGGAGACCAGGCAAGCUGGUAUGAUUGGCUUGAUGAGAAGCGGCAAAUUUUUGGCGGAGGAAUCACCGACGAAAUUAAUGGAGAUGCACGGAUUAGAGACUUUGGAAGAGGUUUUCUUGAAACUGAGUAAGAGACAGAAUUUAGGAUUAAGGAGAAGAAGCAGUAUUCUAAGCAAUUUAACGGGCCUUCCGCCCGAAGAAGACGUGGACGAGAUGAGUGGUGAAUUCGGCGACAACGUGAGCAUAUCUAGUCGAAGGAAAAGUAUAGUCAGACGUUCGGCAGAUGACAAUGUGGAAGGAUUGCCGCCGGAUGAAGAAGGUUCCUCUAAAUUUACUAUGCUCGAUCCGAUGCAUAUGAAGGCACUUCUUUGGAAGAACGUCUUGUGGAUGUGGCGAAAUGUCGCAAUAAUGUUGUUCAUCAUUGCACUGCCGGUCGCCCAGAUAAUCCUCUUCUGUCUUUCCAUCGGUAAGGAUCCCGUAGGUCUAAAUCUAGCCAUCGUUAACAACGAACUCAACAGCAGCAUGCAACCUUGUGUUCCCACAACCGGAUGCGAUUGGUCGUUACUGAGUUGUCGUUAUCUUCAGUAUCUGCAGAAGAAGACCAUACGUUUCUUACCAUACGACAGCGACGAAGAAGCCGAAUAUGCAGUGGGACAUGGCUGGGCAUGGGGUGCUAUAACGUUUCCAUCAAAUUAUUCCGACUGUCUUAGGGCAAGGAUAGAUUACGGCAGAAGUACCACGGACUGGGACGUCGAAUUUGGAGAGUUGAAAGUCGUCAUGGACAUGUCCAAUCAACAAAUAGGACAAUUGUUGCAAAGAGAUCUGAUUUACGCGUUUCAAGACUUUGCAAAAGAGCUUACUGUGGCUUGCAACUAUAGCGCGAAGUUGACGAGCAUACCUGUGCAAUUUAAUACGCCAAUUUAUGGACCUGCGGAGCCCAACUUUACGGAUUUCGCAGCUCCUGGAAUAAUUUUAACAAUUAUCUACUUUCUCUCAGUCGCAUUGACGUCGGGCGCCAUGUUAUUGGAAAGAAAUGAAGGUUUACUGGAAAGAGGUCUUGUAAUAGGUCUCACUAGUACGGAGAUUUUCUUCGGUCACCUAAUCACGGAAUUCGCAGUGAUGUUCGGACAAAGCGUGAUGGUUCUUGUAGUCGCAUUCGGCAUCUUCAAUAUCACUUGCGAAGGUGACAUAGGCUGGAUCACUCUCUUGAUUGUUCUCACAGGCCUUUGCGGCAUGUGUUUUGGAUUUGUCAUCGCCUGUUUCUGCGAUAACGAAAGAAGCGCUACAUAUCUGGCUAUGGGUUCUUUUCUUCCAAUUGUGAUGUUGUGCGGUAUCGUCUGGCCUAUAGAAGGCAUACAUCCUUUUUUAAAGUAUAUUAGUUUUCUAUUACCUCUGACAAAAAGUACAGAAUCUUUGAGAUCAAUGCUAACCAGAGGUUGGUCGAUAUCGGAACCUACGGUAUAUUAUGGUUUUACUGCCACCCUCAUUUGGAUCAGCAUCUUCAUGAGCUUAUCGAUAUUAUUACUUAAGUUUAAAAAGAAUUAACUUAGAAUAAGGGAAGGAUAAUUUUAAAAAUAUAGAAAAGAAUCAACCAAAUGACUCUGUUAAGUAUUCUCUGUAAAUUGUAAGAUAAAAUAAAAUGAAAUAGAAAUAAAAAUAUCUAUAUAUAUAUA